AUGAAUGAUUCUUCCACGGUGACCUUUUCAAUUAAUUGUGUGUAUUUUUCUUCCUCAGCUGCUGAUCCUGAGCAUCCCAAGCACCCAGAUCCCUGCAGUGGAGUGCAGUGCCGAAGGGGGUACCAGUGCAUCGACAAGAAUGGAGAGCCAGAUUGCAUCCCUGACUUUCGAACCUGCAACUCAGUGUACUGCAAAGAAGGAACUACUUGCAAUAUUGUACACGGCUGGCCCAGAUGCGUCCCCAACCCACCAUCCUGCCAUCACAUCAAAUGCAAACAGGGGACUGUGUGCAAACUUCAGAAUGGCUGGCCCAGCUGUGUCCCUGUGCCAUCCUGCCAGAACACCCAUUGCAAGGACGGGACCUUUUGCCAGAUGGCAGACAGUGGGCCCAAAUGCGUCCCUGUGCCAUCCUGCCAGAACACCCAUUGCAAGGACGGGACCUUUUGCCAAAUGGCAGACAGUGGGCCCAAAUGCGUCCCUGUGCCGUCCUGCCAGAACACCCACUGCAAAAAGGGGACUGUAUGCAAACAUAUAGACGGCUGGCCCAAGUGCGUCCCUGUUCCGUCCUGCCAGAAUACCCACUGCAAGGAGGGGACCAUGUGCCAGGUCAUAGACGGCUGGCCCAAGUGCGUCCCUGUUCCGUCCUGCCAGAACACCCACUGCAAAAAGGGGACUGUGUGCAAAGAUAUAGAUGGCUGGCCCAAGUGCGUCCCUGUGCCGUCCUGCCAGAACACCCACUGCAAAAAGGGGACUGUAUGCAAACAUAUAGACGGCUGGCCCAAGUGCGUCCCUGUUCCGUCCUGCCAGAAUACCCACUGCAAGGAGGGGACCAUGUGCCAGGUCAUAGACGGCUGGCCCAAGUGCGUCCCUGUUCCGUCCUGCCAGAACACCCACUGCAAAAAGGGGACUGUAUGCAAAGAUAUAGACGGCUGGCCCAAGUGCGUCCCUGUGCCAUCCUGCCAGAACACCCACUGCAAGGAGGGGACUGUAUGCAAAGAUAUAGACGGCUGGCCCAAAUGCGUCCCUGUGCCAUCCUGCCAGAACACCCACUGCAAAAAGGGGACUGUAUGCCACAUGAUAUAUGGCUGGCCCAAGUGUGUCCCUGUGCCAUCCUGCCAUGACACACUUUGCAAAGAGGGCACCGUGUGCCAGGUCAUAGAUGGCUGGCCCAAGUGCGUCCCUGUGCCAUCCUGCCAGAACACCCACUGCAAAAAGGGCACUGUGUGCCAGAUCGUAGAUGGCUGGCCCAAGUGCAUCCCUGUGCCAUCCUGCCAGAACACCCACUGCAAAAAGGGCACUGUGUGCCAGAUCAUAGAUGGCUGGCCUAAGUGCGUCCCUGUGCCAUCCUGCCAGAACACCCACUGCAAAAAGGGGACUGUAUGCAAAGAUAUAGAUGGCUGGCCCAAGUGCGUCCCUGUUCCGUCCUGCCAGAACACCCACUGCAAAAAGGGGACUGUAUGCAAAGAUAUAGACGGCUGGCCCAAAUGCGUCCCUGUGCCAUCCUGCCAGAACACCCACUGCAAGGAGGGGACCAUGUGCCAGGUCAUAGAUGGCUGGCCCAAAUGCGUCCCUGUGCCGUCAUGCCAGAACACCCAUUGCAAAAAGGGCACUGUGUGCCAGAUCAUAGAUGGCUGGCCUAAGUGCGUCCCUGUGCCAUCCUGCCAGAACACCCACUGCAAAAAGGGGACUGUAUGCAAAGAUAUAGACGGCUGGCCCAAGUGCGUCCCUGUGCCAUCCUGCCAGAACACCCACUGCAAAAAGGGGACUGUAUGCAAAGAUAUAGACGGCUGGCCUAAGUGCGUCCCUGUGCCAUCCUGCCAGAACACCCACUGCAAGGAGGGGACCAUGUGCCAGGUCAUAGAUGGCUGGCCCAAAUGCGUCCCUGUGCCAUCCUGCCAGAACACCCACUGCAAAAAGGGGACUGUAUGCAAAGAUAUAGACGGCUGGCCCAAAUGCGUCCCUGUGCCAUCCUGCCAGAACACCCACUGCAAGGAGGGGACCAUGUGCCAGGUCAUAGAUGGCUGGCCCAAAUGCGUCCCUGUGCCAUCCUGCCAAAACACCCACUGCAAAAAGGGCACUGUGUGCCAGAUCGUAGAUGGCUGGCCUAAGUGCGUCCCUGUGCCAUCCUGCCAGAACACCCACUGCAAAAAGGGGACUGUAUGCAAACAUAUAGACGGCUGGCCCAAAUGCGUCCCUGUGCCAUCCUGCCAGAACACCCACUGCAAAAAGGGCACUGUAUGCAAAGAUAUAGACGGCUGGCCUAAGUGCGUCCCUGUGCCAUCCUGCCAGAACACCCACUGCAAGGAGGGGACCAUGUGCCAGGUCAUAGAUGGCUGGCCCAAAUGCGUCCCUGUGCCAUCCUGCCAGAACACCCACUGCAAAAAGGGGACUGUAUGCAAAGAUAUAGAUGGCUGGCCCAAGUGCGUCCCUGUGCCAUCCUGCCAGAACACCCACUGCAAGGAGGGGACUGUAUGCAAAGAUAUAGACGGCUGGCCUAAGUGCGUCCCUGUGCCAUCCUGCCAGAACACCCACUGCAAGGAGGGGACCAUGUGCCAGGUCAUAGAUGGCUGGCCCAAAUGCGUCCCUGUGCCAUCCUGCCAGAACACCCACUGCAAAAAGGGCACUGUGUGCCAGAUCGUAGAUGGCUGGCCUAAGUGCGUCCCUGUGCCAUCCUGCCAGAACACCCACUGCAAAAAGGGGACUGUAUGCAAAGAUAUAGACGGCUGGCCUAAGUGCGUCCCUGUGCCAUCCUGCCAGAACACCCACUGCAAGGAGGGGACCAUGUGCCAGGUCAUAGAUGGCUGGCCCAAAUGCGUCCCUGUGCCAUCCUGCCAGAACACCCACUGCAAAAAGGGCACUGUGUGCCAGAUCGUAGAUGGCUGGCCUAAGUGCGUCCCUGUGCCAUCCUGCCAGAACACCCACUGCAAGGAGGGGACUGUAUGCAAAGAUAUAGACGGCUGGCCUAAGUGCGUCCCUGUGCCAUCCUGCCAGAACACCCACUGCAAGGAGGGGACCAUGUGCCAGGUCAUAGAUGGCUGGCCCAAAUGUGUCUCUGUGCCAUCCUGCCAGAACACCCACUGCAAAAAGGGCACUGUGUGCCAGAUUGUAGAUGGCUGGCCUAAGUGCGUCCCUGUGCCAUCCUGCCAGAACACCCACUGCAAAAAGGGGACUGUGUGCAAAGAUAUAGAUGGCUGGCCCAAAUGUGUCUCUGUGCCAUCCUGCCAGAACACCCACUGCAAAAAGGGCACUGUGUGCCAGAUCGUAGAUGGCUGGCCUAAGUGCGUCCCUGUGCCAUCCUGCCAGAACACCCACUGCAAAAAGGGCACUGUAUGCAAAGAUAUAGAUGGCUGGCCCAAGUGCGUCCCUGUGCCAUCCUGCCAGAACACCCACUGCAAAAAGGGGACUGUAUGCAAAGAUAUAGACGGCUGGCCCAAAUGUGUCCCUGUGCCAUCCUGCCAGAACACCCAUUGCAAAAAAGGGACUGUAUGCCACAUGAUAUAUGGCUGGCCCAAGUGUGUCCCUGUGCCAUCCUGCCAUGACACACUCUGCAAAGAGGGCACCGUGUGCCAGGUCAUAGAUGGCUGGCCCAAGUGCAUCCCUGUGCCAUCCUGUCAGAACACCCACUGCAAAAAGGGCACUGUGUGCCAGAUCAUAGAUGGCUGGCCUAAGUGCGUCCCUUUGCCCAUAGUAGAUGGCUCACCUAGGUGUGUCCCUGUGCCAUCCUGCCAGAACACCCAAUGCAAAAAGGGGACUGUGUGCCAGGUCAUAGAUGGCUGGCCUAAGUGUGUCCCUGUGCCAUCCUGCCAGAACACCCACUGCAAAAAAGGGACUUUUUGCAGCAUAGUAGAUGGCUGGCCCAGGUGUGUCCCUGUGCCAACACCCAUUGCGAAAAGGGGACUGGACCAUGUAGCUGCCCCACUGUCUCCUCCAUCUUGUGCUGAAACUGCCUGCAAACUGGGCACCGUGUGCCAGAUGGUGAACGGCUGGCCCAAAUGCGUGCCAAAGAAACCCUCCUGUGACGGCAUCCAUUGCAAACCAGAUACUUUGUGUCAGAUGGUGGACGGUUGGCCCCAGUGUGUGCCAAAGAAACCCUCCUGUGAUGGCAUCCGUUGCAAACCAGGUACCAUGUGCCGGAUGGUGGGAGGCUGGCCCAAGUGCGUGCCAAAGAAACCCUCCUGUGACAGUGUGCAUUGCAAACUGGGCACCGUGUGUCAGAUGGUGGACAGCUGGCCUCUGUGUGUGCCAAAGAAGCUCUCCUGCGACAGCAUCCAUUGCAAACCAGGUACUGUGUGCCAUAUUGUGAAUGGCUGGCCCCAAUGUGUGCCAAAGAUACCCUCCUGUGAAACCAUCCUCUGCAAACAGGAUACCUUGUGUCAGAUGGUGGAUGGUUGGCCCCAGUGUGUGCCAAGGAAACCCUCCUGUGCCAGCAUCCAUUGCAAACCAGGUACUGUGUGCCAGAUGGUGGACGGAUGGCCCAAGUGCAUGCCAAAGAAACCCUCUUGUAAUGGUGUGCAUUGCAAACCGGGCACCUUGUGCCAGGUAGUGAAUGGCUGGCCCAAGUGUGUGCCAACCCACAAGUCCUGCGACACUGUCCAGUGCAGCAAAGGGAUGGUGUGCGAGGUGGCAGGUGGAUGGCCCCAGUGCGUCCCAGCAUCACGCUCCCAGCCCAUCUGCUGGGCCUCAGGCCACCCCCACUACCACACCUUCGAUGGGCACAGCUACGACUUCCAUGGCACCUGCAGCUACACCGUGGUCAAGAUCUGCAGCCAUAAGCCCAAGCUCCCUGCCUUCCACAUCAUCACCAAGAGCCAGAAGCGCGGCAACACAGAGGUCUCCUUCAUCAGCCAGGUCACCAUCAAGGUCUACCACUACAACAUCACCAUGGUCAAGUACGAGUACGGGCUCGCCAGGGUGAACGGCCAGCGGACCCGCCUGCCUAUUUCCCUGCACGACGGGAAGCUCUGGCUCCACCAACGGGGAGGCCAGCUGGUCGUGGAGGCCGAGUUCGGCCUGAAGGUCUACUACGACUGGAACUACUACCUGGUGGUCAAGGUCACCAAGGCCUUCCUGGGCAGGCUGUGUGGCCUGUGCGGCAACUACAACGGGGACCCCAGUGAUGACUUCCUCACCCCCUCGCGGCAUCUGGCCACCAGUGCCAUAGAGUUUGGCAAGAGCUGGAAGGUGGAGGACGGUGACAGACAGUGCAGGCAUGGCUGCAAGGGGAAGUGCGGGGGCUGCUCACCGGAGUUGGUGAGGCGCUACCACGGAGAGGCCUACUGUGGUCUGAUUACCAAGACAGCCCAAAAUGGCCCCUUCCGACGUUGCCAUGCCCUGAUCAACCCCAAGGCCUUCCUGGAUGACUGCGUGGCCGACCUCUGCACUUAUGAUGGCUACAAGCAGAUCCUGUGCCGGGCGCUCAAGACUUACGCAGAUGCCUGCCAGCGGGAGGGCACAGUGGUGAAAGACUGGAGGAAGCAGGCUGGCUGUCCUCUGCCCUGCCCAGAGAACAGCCAGUACCAGCUCUGUGGCUCCGCCUGCCCUUCCACGUGCAACGACUUUGCAACCCUGAACAAGUGCCGCUUGCCCUGCAUGGAGACCUGCCAGUGCAAGAAGGGCUACAUGCUGGACGGGGGUCAGUGCAUCCCCAAGGGGCGCUGCGGCUGCAUCCACAAGGGGCGUCUCUACGCACCUGGAGAGCAUUUCUGGGGGGACAAGAAGUGCCGGCAGAAGUGCGAGUGCAACCUGCACAGCAGGAAGGUCACCUGCCAGAUCUCCCGGUGCCAGCAGGGUGAGGAGUGCCGGGUGGCCAACGGUGUCCGGAGCUGCUAUCCCACCCGCUACGGAACCUGCUCCGCCCUUGGGGAGUCGCACUACAUCACCUUCGACGGGCUGCACUACGACUUCCGCGGCACUUGUGUCUACCUCCUGGCUGGCUUGUGCCAUAAGAACUCCAGCCUGGUGAAGUUCCAGGUCCUGGUGCAGUACCAGAGGAAGGGCAGCAAGAGUGGCUCUGGCACCAAGGUGGUAGAGAUCCAGGUCUACGGAGUGAAGCUUGUCAUUAUCCACGGAAAGAUCCGGCUGAACGGCCUGCAGAUCAACCUCCCCUACAAUAUCGACUAUGACAAGAUCUCGGCCUACCACCGGGGCUGGGACAUAGUAGUGAAGACGGACUUUGGCCUAACAGUGACCUUUGAUGGCCAGAACCACAUCCGGGUGAAGGUGCCGGCCACCUAUGGCCGCUCAGUGUGUGGCCUGUGUGGCAAUUUUGAUGGGGAAGAUGACAACGACAUGACCAUGAGCAACCUGCUGCCAGCUCCCACCCCAUCGGACUUUGGGAGGAGCUGGAAGGCCCGGGACAUCCCAGGCUGCAUGGAGAUGGAGAAGGAAGACUGCAUUGACAUAGCGAGAGUGGAGAAGCAGCAUAGGAAGGGCAAGAAGGAGUGUGGGCUCCUCCUGGACAGGGACGGCCCAUUCAAGAAGUGCCACAACAAGGUGAACCCGGAGGGGUACUUCAAAGACUGCAUCUUUGACCGCUGCUCCCACAAGGACAACCAGACUGUGGUCUGCCACAUCCUCGCCUGCUAUGGCGCAGCCUGCCAAGCAGCUGGUGCCAAGGUCUAUGAGUGGAGGACCAACAAAUUCUGCCGGCCACCCUGCCCCCAGAACAGCCACUACGAGAUGUGCUCCAGCAGCUGUCCGGCCACCUGCCGCAGUCUCUACACCCCGUCCCGCUGUCCCAGCAAGUGCCGGGAGGGCUGCGUGUGCGAUGAAGGCUUUGUGCUGAGCAGUGAUCAGUGCGUCCCCCUCUCCCAGUGCGGCUGUGUCCACCGGGGCUUCUACUACAAGCCGGGCGAGACCUUCUAUCCCAACGGCUUCUGCAAGCAGAGGUGUUCAUGCCAGGCAGGGGGGAUCGUGGAGUGCCACCACUUCUCCUGCGGCCGCAACGAGGAGUGCCGGGUAGUAGACGGCAUCCAGAAGUGCCAUCCAGUGGUGCCCAGGACUGGCACGUGCCAUGCCGCUGGUGACCCCCACUACCUGACCUUCGACGGCUUCCCCUUUGAUUUUCAAGGCAACUGCACCUAUGUCCUUGCCAAGAGCUGUGUCCGAAAGGGCUACCUGCCCUCCUUUGCCAUCCACGUGAAGAAUGAACGGCUGGGCAGGAGCAAGGCUGCUGUCACCAACACUGUGUCCAUCAUCGUCUACAGACGCACUUUCACCCUGGUGCGGAACAGGAACGGUGUUGUCCUGGUGGAUGGCAUCUCCUACUACCUUCCCUUCCAGCUGGAGAAUGGCUUGGUGCGUGUCUACUACCAUGGUGCCAAUGUGGUGUUGCACACCAAAUUUGGCCUGCACCUCUCCUUUGACCUGAACUACUAUUUGGCCAUCACUGUGCCUAAGAGCUACCAUAGCCAGACCUGCGGCCUGUGCGGCAACUACAAUGGCAAACCACAUGAUGAUCUCCUGAGGCCCAACGGCCACCUGGCCCGAGACCUGCGGGACUUGGGUGUUUCCUGGAGGGUGAGAGUCCCCGGGGCAGUAUGUGACCAUGGCUGUGCCAGCCUGGUCUGCCCCGCCUGCCAGGAGUCCCGGAAGGCAAGCUACGUCCACAACAACUACUGCGGCAUCAUCCGGGCACCCUAUGGGCCCUUCAGCGCCUGCUACUCUACCCUCAACCCCACCGUCUUCUUCAACAACUGUGUGCACGACUUGUGUAAGGCCGGGGGAAACCGGAGGCUGAUGUGCAGGUCCAUCCACAGUUACGUCACUGCCUGCCAGGCUGCUGGUGUCAAGAUCAAGCCCUGGAGGACCAAGAAGUUCUGCCCCAUGACCUGUCCAGCCAACAGCCAUUACAAACUCUGUGCCAAUCCCUGCUCCAGUGGCUGCAAAGGGGUGGCCAACAUCACCAAGUGCCCCAAGAUCUGUGCUGAAGGGUGCCAGUGCAACAAAGGCUAUUUCUGGGCCGGCAACGAGUGCGUCUCCAUUCGGCACUGCCACUGCUUCCACAAGGGCAGGUACUACAAGCCAGGUGCGCGGGUGCUCACGUCAAGGUGCCGGCAGCGGUGCAGGUGCAUCCCGAGAGCGGGGGUGGUGUGCCAGUCAUUCCAGUGCCCGGCGGGGGAGCUCUGCGAGCUGAGCCAAGGCCGAUGGGGCUGCAUGAGACGGGACGGGAACUGCACCAUCACUCGAGGAGACGUCUUCACCUCCUACGAUGGGGUCUCAGGGAAGGUGCCCCUGGACGGCACCUACGAGAUCUCCUCGCUCAUCGACACUAGGGCCGCCAGCUGGUUCCGAGUGGUGGUAGAGUUCCAGACCUGCAAAAAGUGCCGUGCACCCAGAGUCACGGCCAUCACCAUCUACUUUCACAAGCUCACCAUCCUGGUCAACCGCAACGGCAGAGUCUUGGUGAAUGGGCGCCCAGUGCGACUCCCGGCCAGGCCCUCCAGAGUCGUGUCAGUGAGCCGGGCAGGGAACGUGGUGACCGUGGCCCAGGGCUCAGCACUGCAGGUUCUCUUCAGCACCAGUGGGGACGUGACUGUGAGAAUUGAUGGGAAACUAGCCAGGAAGGUGCAAGCUGCCUGCGGGAACUACAACGGGAACAGUGCCGAUGACCUGCGCCUGCCUGAUGGGAUGGUCCUGGACAACAUCGGCGAGGUCCUCAGCUACUGGAGAUUCUCCGAGAACCCCCAGGAUGAAUAUGACUGA